GCCACCGCUGCCGCCAUGCUGCCCACCGCCCUGCUCCGCCGCUGCGGCCUCCGCCUGCUGCGCCAAGCCCGGGUGCCGGCCCCUCCGGCCCGCGCCUAUGCCGAGGCCGCCCCGGCCGCCGCCGCCGCCGCCGCCGCCGCCGCUCCCGGCCAGAUGUCCUUCACCUUCGCCUCCCCGACGCAGGUAUAUUUCAACAAGGCCAACGUGAAGCAGGUGGAUGUCCCAACCCAGACUGGGGCCUUUGGGAUCCUCGCUGCCCAUGUCCCCACCCUGCAGGUACUGAAGCCCGGGGUGGUGACCGUGCACGCCGAGGAUGGCACCACCACCAAGUAUUUUGUGAGCAGUGGUUCUGUCACGGUGAAUGCCGAUUCCUCGGUGCAGCUGCUGGCUGAAGAAGCUGUGGCUCUGGACAUGCUGGACCUGGCGGCCGCCAAAUCCAACCUGGAAAAGGCACAUUCAGACCUGUCUGGGGCGCCAGAUGAGGCAGCACGGGCCGAGGUUCAGAUCCGGAUAGAAGCCAAUGAAGCUAUCGUGAAAGCGCUGGAAUCAUGAGCUGGGGAGCUGAACCCUGGGAGUCGUCCAGAGAUGGCGUGACUGCUGUGCUCUACGGCAAUCCCCCUGAGCUGAGGAGACCAGGAAAUACCCAGGAAGGAGGAGGAUACCUGCCCCCAACCCUACCUCCCUUCUUACCCCCCUGUUCCCACACCCCCACAUUAAAAACCACAAGGGUUCUGGACUUUGA